GUAACGCGGGCGGUUGGCCCGUGCGCUCUUCCCCGAAAAUUAUCGAGUCCGCUCCAUCUCUCACCAUUUCCAAAACAACAUAUUCAAUCUUCACGUUGCUGCACAAUGGGGAAACGAAAGACACCAAAGGAUCCCGAAGCGCUUCCGGAUGCGCCAGAAGUCAACAACAAGCGCAAAAAUGACGAUUCAGACAGCGACGAGGAUAUGGAUGUGGUAAACGUCGAUUUCGAAUGGUUUGAUCCACACCCUGAAGUCGACUUCCACGGCUUCAAGAAUCUUCUCCGGCAAUUGCUCGACAUCGAUGCUCCGCUAUUUAAUUUAUCUGAGCUCGCAGACCUCAUUCUGUCGCAACCGCACCUAGGAAGUACCGUCAAGGUAGAUGGCAUCGAUACGGACCCUUAUGCUCUCUUGACCGUUCUCAAUCUUACUACACACAAAGACAAGCAAGUCAUUAAAGACUUGACCGCAUAUCUUGCUCGACAUUCCACCUCACCAUCGCUCGCCGCACUUCCCGCGCUGCUCGACCCUUCAUCGUCUGCUCAGGUCGGUUUAAUACUAACGGAGCGAUUUGUGAAUAUGCCCCACGAGAUCGUCCCUCCGCUCUAUACCAUGCUCCAGGACGAGAUCAAAUCGGCGCUUGAGCAAAAAGAGCCAUAUGAAUUUACACAUUACCUCAUUCUGUCCAAGACAUACCACGAAGUCGCCUCGAAUCUGCCAACCGCCGACGAGCCGCCCAGCAAGAAGAAGAAGGGUACAAAGAGCUCUGAAGACGCCGAGACCUUCUAUUUCCACCCUGAAGAUGAGGUUCUGCAUAAGCAUGCAUUGGCUUGGGGAAGUUUUGAUUACGAGACACCGGCCGAUGAAGGCGCAAGUGAUAGCAAACGAGCUUUUCAGGAGCUUGGAAUCAAGCCGACCGGUCACCUUAUAUUGAUUGAGGCGGGCAAGUUUGCUGGAGCAGUUGACGCAGUGAAGACGUAUUUGAAUGGCGGGCAGUAA